GUGUGUGUGUGUGUGUGUGUUGGUUUCUCCGGAUUGUGAGGACUUUUUAUCGGUUUACAUACCAGCAUUAUCAGGACACCACAGUAUUAUGAGGACAGUUCCAGUGUCCCCAUAAUUCAAACACUGUAGCAGCACUCAGGAGGCUGCCAUUUAGCUGCUCCCGCUUUUUCUUGAAGUGUCCCCAUAAGUCCAUAAAUCUGACAUUUUUUGUGUGUGUGUGUCUCGCCAAUUACGCGCCAAAUCAAUGCCAGCUUUACACAAAAUCCCGCCACUCACACACAAAAUGAGCGCAGUUCAUUGGCUGAACACCCCUGGUCAGUGAUUGGCUGCAGCCGAUGUCAAUCAGGCAGAUCUGAUCUGUGAUUGGCUGCAGCCGAUGUCAAUCAGCAGAUGUCCGCUCAGUACCGGAAAUCUAUGGCUGACGGUGAAACAGGCUUCAUAAACAGGCAUUUUGGACCGAAACCAACAAAUGAGCAGCAAAGAUGACUGAGAGGAGGAGGAGAAAGACUCCUGAUAAGGAUGCUGUAGAGCACAUUAUUCGUGGAGAAGACAAACCCUUCCUAGAAGGAAGAUUUAUUAACACAUUUAAAGGGAGAGGUGUGUUUACACAGGAAUACAUCGAACCAAAAAGUUUUGUGGCGGAGUACAGGGGAGUUUUGUCCCUGAGUGUAGGAGCAGAUGACAAAAGCAAAUAUAUAUUCGAUUUCAUGUGGAAUGGGAAGCGCUACUGCAUAGAUGCUUCAAAAGAGGAUGGAACACUGGGACGACUAGUGAAUGAUGAUCACAUACAGCCCAACUGUAAAGUCAAAAGAAUAAUGGUCCAAGGAAAGCCACACUUGUGUCUUUUUGCUGUCAAGGAAAUCUUUCCAGGCGAGGAGAACACAUAUAACUAUGGCGAUUCCUCUUGGCCAUGGCGCUCAAUGGCACCCGGUGAAGAACAGUCUCACCCGAAGUUGAGAGGAAGUGAGCCAGGCUCAGAAAAGUCACAGGAGGUGUGCAGCGGUCGUGAUUUGAUGACAGAGGUCAGGGCAGCUCCGUCAACAUUAAAGGAUGACAUUGCACCCGGUGAAGAACAAUCUCACCCGAAGUUGAGAGGAAGUGAGCCAGGCUCAGAAAAGUCACAGGAGGUGUGCAGCGGUCGUGAUUUGAUGACAGAGGUCAGGGCAGCUCCGUCAACAUUAAAGGAUGACAUUUGCCACCAUAGUGUUACCUGCUCACUUGUCAGCUGUUUGGACCAUUGUGAAGAUUGCACAGGACCUGUCUCCAGUCUAAAAUGGCUUGGUCUCACAUGCAAAUUGUGUUCAAGAUCCUGGCACAAAUCCUGCUUUUUCAAGAAGAAUCAGUCGCUGGAUGUUAUACCCGAUGAGAUUGUUUCUGACUCUGCAAGUAGUGAUGGCUGUUCCUCUGGUGAUCUCUACAUAGCUGACACUGCACCAAGGUCUGAUGGAUCCAACUCUGAUGAAGAUGUUGUAACUGACACUGAACUAUUUAGUGAUAGUGAGGAUCUAAACCUACCACAUCGCAAGAGUGGACCAGUUGACUCACUUUCUUCCCAGGAAAGGACAAAGACAGUCCUGCAACCUAUAUCCUGCAUGGAACAGGAGGACAGGAUGCUUCCAACUCUGGCAGAGUUGGCAUUGAUGAUGACUUCAUACCUGAUAGUGAACCCUGUUCUGAUGUUGAUGAUCCUACUACAAGUAAUACCCAGACUCUUCCAAGAAGUACAACAGAGUCUUUUCUACUGAGACUGCAGCAGCACCACAAGUCUCUUCUUGCACAUCAAAAAAUUACUGCUAUGUUUGCAAAACACCUCAGUCUAAAAUAUCUCGUCACCUUAAAAAGCAUGAGAAAGUAGAGCCUGAUAUUGCUGAAGCAUUCUCAUUCCCUAAGAACUCAAAAGAGAGAAAGAGGUUACUUGAGAAGUUGCGGAACAAAGGUAAUUAUGAACAUAAUCAAGAAGUAAUGCGUAAACAUGAUGGACAAUUGAAACUGAAAAGAAGACCAGGACCAUCAAAAAUCUCGGUGAAUGCCAAAACGCAUGUG